CCGCCCACUUGCCAAGAACCAGGAAAUAGUCAUGAUAUUUUGAUAGGCGGCCCACACUUGGUUUUAGUCAUUGCGAUAUACUUACUUUCUAUUACUUUCGCGGCCGGCGGAGUUUGUUGCAGUUAUGGCGUCGUUAUUCAAGAAAAAGACGGUAGAUGAUGUCAUUAAAGAACAGAACAAAGAGUUGCGGGGAACGCAGAGACAGAUUACAAGAGACCGGACAGCACUGGAAAAACAGGAAAAGCAGCUGGAGAUGGAAAUCAAGAAAAUGGCAAAGACUGGGAACAGAGACGCCUGCAAAGUUUUAGCUAAGCAGCUUGUUCAAGUGAGGAAACAGAAAACGCGUACAUAUGCCGUCAGCUCUAAGGUCACCUCCAUGUCAACACAAACCAAGCUAAUGAACUCUCAAAUGAAGAUGGCAGGUGCCAUGGCCACAACCACCAAAACAAUGCAAGCUGUCAACAAAAAGAUGGAUCCGAAAAAGACAAUGCAGACCCUGCAGAACUUCCAAAAAGAGACGGCGAAGAUGGACAUGACAGAAGAGAUGAUGAAUGACACACUGGAUGAGAUCUUUGAGGAUUCUGGUGAUGAGGAAGAAUCUCAGGACAUUGUGAAUCAGGUGUUGGAUGAAAUUGGAAUUGAGAUCUCAGGCAAGAUGGCUCAUGCCCCUACAGCUGGCCGAAAGCAACCGAGCGCAGCUACAUCCAAAGCAGAUGGGAUAUCAGAUGAGGAGAUUGAGAGACAGCUCAAAGCUCUUGGAGUGGACUAGCGCUCAUACACACACACACACACCUGAUUACUGCCUGGCAACAGGAGGAGGCAGCAACACGCAAACACACGUUAGAAUACAUUCAUACCCAAUACAAACACACAGACACAGAUGCUGAUAAAUGGACAAGUCCAAAAGCUUACAUUCACAGUCACGGACCUGCCUACUCUGGGAUAACGUGCCACAGAUGGCAAAUGCAAUUUUCGUUUCGCUUUGUUUUUUUUUCUAUUAUUUAUUUAUGACAACGAGAGAUGACUAUCAAGUUUGAUUAGGACUCUUUCAGGUGAAUCGCCGUUUCUUCUGGCUUUAGAAGGACUAAAAUCACAAUAGAGCGUUUGAAUACACGCGUCGUAAAUGAAUACAUACAAUGCCUUCCAGACUAAGGCGGAUGCGUUCCCCUGAAAUCUACAACUUCUGUCUCUUUGAUCCAUAACUCAGAAAAUCGCAUUGGUGUAAACAAGUCUGACAGGAGAACUCUACCUCUGUAAACACAAGAAGUGACAGGGCUGCGUCUUUAGUCUUGUCGCGUUUUGUCUUGUCCUCGCAGUACCCUGCUGUUCUCCCAGUGCAUGACAAAACACGCCUUUAGGUUCCUGUUCUCACCUAUGAAUAGGAAAUGAUUUGGUUUGUCUUCUAGGUUCAUUUUGGAUAUUUCGAGUGCGCAUAUUUUAUUCGGCUGCUUUUCAGGGGCGAUGCCAAAUCGUGAGAAAUGUGUUCCGGGUGAGCGCAUUUUUUUUGAAGAUGGUUGCUCUCCUUCAUUUCUCAUGUGCCUGAGGUCUUGUGUUGACGGUGUGUGUGUGUGUGUGUGUGUGUGUGGUUUUCUCUCGAGGCUGUGUAAGUGCAUCGAUCAAGACUUCGGAGGUGAUCGGAAGGUUGCUGUCAAUCGUCAUUUGUGUUCAAAGCGAGGGGUGUUAUUUUCAACGGCACAAGGAAGCAGCAUUCUGAGCUUGAUCUUUGGAUUAAUCUACAGAGGUUGCAUUUAGGCUGACGUCAGUUACGCACUGCAAUAUAUUGUAAGGAUGUAUACAAUGUAGGCAUGGAGGGUCGAUAGUUUGUUGCUUAAUCCACAGUCAGAGUUUUGGAAUAUGGGUGAUGAUUUUCCUUUUUAGAAUUUGUUCACUGACAGGUAUGUAAGGGGAUGUAUACCCCAUUAACCAUAAAUAAAAUUUUUAUUGAUA